CAGAACGGAAUCGGAACAAUUUUCUAACAGUCUCAUAUGAAGCGUUGGCUAAAAAAUUAAAAGACGCUUACCCCUUUCAUACUUAGUCUAGAAACCUUUACAAUCGUUUCUAAAAGGAUUGUUAGCAAAUUUCUGUGAGCAGUACUCGGCGGGCGUGACUGAAAAUCUUGAUAAGUCUAUGGGGAAUACACAACUUCUCGCGCCGUGGAAAAAACCGGGGGAAUCCCAUCAGUCUUACGACACUUGAUCACAUCAUUGCAGAGUGGCGGUUUAGGAGGGAAACGAGAAGCCUGGCCAAUUAAAAAAAUCAGUGAACGUACUAGAAACAGCACCAGCAUUGAAGAAAUAGCCACAAAGUCACUGACGAAGACAAAGGAACAUGGCAUCUGCGGACACGUAUGCGGACGAUCAAUUGGAAGAUCCUCUCGAUUUUGAGACUCCGGAGAUUGAGAUCAAGUUAACGGAAAUGAAGACAGCACGAUAUUUUACGAUAACAACCGACAGCUACAUAUCGUUGUGCUCUCGCGUUUACGCUGCACUGUGCGCUGAAAACCCAGAAUUUUCUGCCAAUUUCUCAGAAUCAGUUUUUCAAUAUUAUGCUGUCAUUCAUCUGUGGAUGCGGUUUGCAGCGGUUCUUCCUAAUUCGAUGCAGAGGACAUCACAUCAGUUUCUGGCUGAAAUGUACAAGCUAAACAACGAAUCAUGGCACGUACCCAAGCCAUUGCUAACAUAUUUGAAGGGAAUUGGAAAUUUUCGUGAUGUUGACAAUUGCGAGAGACAGUUUCAGUUGCCAGUAUUACCAACCCAUGAAUCCAUCGGUGGAGUCAAAUACACAUUUGGAAAAAUAAACGCCAAUACACAUCACUUUUACGAAGCUUUUCCAGCCCCUGGAAUUGCGGCUCUGCGCAUACAGGCUGAUAUUAAGUACACAGAAAAUUUUUGUAAUGAAAAUUUAUUUUGGGAUUUACCUGAUGAUCUUCGUCCAGAUGCAAUAGAUUCUCGCAUCAAAUCUUGUGAUCCAACUAAAAACCUUUUGGGUUGGGCUCCUGCACAAGAACUGACCUCUAAACAAUUGGAACUAUGUCAAUGGCUGGAUAUGAAUGAAUUUCUAAACAACAAGGUUUCAACUUUAAGCUCACAUGCCCUUGAGAUGUUACGAUCAAUUUCUAAUUCCCUGUGCCCUAAACAAAAGGAAGAUGAUAGUGAUUGUUCGCUGUGCAAAACUUUCGAUACUCUUCCUCAGUAUGGCUCACUAGUUCAGGGAACAUUUGUUGAAAAACAUGAUAAAUUCGUCAAAUUUGAUAGGUCUGCCAUGUAUUGCGAUGGAAAUAUAUCCUUACGUUCCCAGUUUAUGCUGAAUGAUGAUUUGGCUAAGAGUGCAAUAAUUUCGGGAUAUCGGAUGAUUAAAGAUUCAAUCGGUGAUAGACAUUGUUGGUCUUGCUAUGAUUAUGACGAGUACAAAAAUGUUCCCGCAAAUUGGAUUCGUUCUCGAAACAUGGUCUACGUGUAUGACUCCACUGAAAAAUUUGAUGAGAUAAGAUAUAUCAGCGCAUAUAUCUCGAAGAGAAUUUUGCAAAAUGUAUGCAUCCUAAACAGCAUGAUCAAGGAUAGCACAUGGAGCAUAUACGAAUAGAAAAGGAAAACAAAACAGAAUAUUUCUGUGACAUAUUUACACAAAUGUUUUUCUUUGCAUCUUAUAAGUUUUUUUGUAAUAUUUCACAUAUGUGCAUUCAUGUUUUUGUUCUGUUUCUAUUUUUGUUACGUAACAUAGUCUUCGUUAAUGCAAGAAUUAAAUUUUUAUUGAAAUUUUCAAGGUGCGUACAAGUUGACGCAUGGAGAAGAAAAGACCUUUUAUAUGAAAAAUGACAUGCCAGUUGCUUCUGUAUCCAUUGAGUAUCUAAUUUCUGAAAGACAGCUGUCUAGGUAAACUUGAUGCAGUUUCGCUAAGUGAAUUUAUGCGUACCUUGUUAAUUAUUUAUUACUAUUAUUUUUCUAUCCUUUUAAUAUUUUCAUUUCUAUCAUUGUAUUAUUUCUUAGGGAUUGACUAUUGGAAAAAGCAAGUAGGAUUGUCAUACUGAAGUCAAUGAAAUGAGGAUACUACCUGUUUGUAUGUGUUUCUAAUGGCGAAAAAUUUUUGUUUGAAAAAAAGUAAUUAAUAAAUACUUUGACCGUCCUGAAAAUUACUACAAUAAAUCAGAACCACAUUGUGUCAUCAGAUGGCUUAUUAGUUUAAGGAAUGUUUCUUGAAAAACGUGAUAAAUUCUACAAAUUCGAUAGAUCAAAAAUGUACUGUGAUGGAAUUUUAUCCAUGCUCAACAUACAGACUUAAUGGAAAACUGACUACCAGUGCCUCAAUUUCGGGAUACCGGAUUGCUAAAGAAUCAGUUGCAGAUAGACAUAAUUGGUGUUGCUAUAUAUGACUUUGUCAACUACAAACAAGUUCCGGAAUCAUGGAUUCGUACUCGAAAUUCUAUUUACACGUUGGGCGAUGUUGGAAGAUUGAAUGAAACGAUAUAUACUACAGCAUCUGUUUCAAGCAGAAUAACACAAAAUGACUGCAUUCUGAAGACUAUGAUAAAAUCGAAUGAGAAGUAGAAUAUUUGCCAGUAAUAAGAGAGAAGAAAAUGUAUUUCUCUAAUCUUUUCAUAUGCCUUACACACAUCAACGAUUAUGAUUUUUUAAAUUUUAUUCUCAUAUGAAGAUUUUCACAUCCUUUUUUAUGAUAGUAUUAAUAUUUGCGAUCUUACGAUUACUUUCUAUUUCAUUUAAAUGCAUUUUGCAUGUUUUAAUCUUACUCCUUUAUUUUUAUGUUAACAUUGUUAUAAUUUCUUAAAAUAUUGAUACAUUGUUAAAUUUCGUUCAUUCAAAAUUUCCUGUUAAUACUGGCAGAAACACUGAUGGACAUUUUGAAAAGGGAAUAUCGAUAUUUUUCUUUCGUAGCUGUAUAUUUUUUCUAUUAAUUGAACAUUUGCCCUAAUUUUAAAAGUAGUAAUAAUUCUCCACCAUAGAUCUCGUGGUAACAAAAGAAUUUAGGGUAACUAAAUUUCAGUGUGUUUCGAACAUGGUGCUGUCCAACAACGACACAGAACGACACAGUCGGACACAGCUGCGGAGCAUGGUUGGACACUGUGUCGGAUUCAUUGCUGCCAAUUUUUUAGUUAGAGA